AUGGCGGGUGGCGGCGGCUGCGGCGGCGGCGGCGGAGGCGGGCUCAUCUACAGCCAUGAUAAUCAUGAUAACGACGAUGACGCGGCGCAGUUCGACCCGCUGCUGCAGCUCAUUCAGACGUCGCGCAUGUGGACCAAAGAGGAAGACGCAGUGUUGCUGCGCCAUGCGCUGCGAGUGGGCACGAAGCAGUGGGGGGCGCUGGAAAAGAGCGGGCGCCUGCCCCUGCGCGACAACAAGGCGUGCUGCAACCGCUUCAUCUUCCUCAAAAAGAAAUUCGUGGAGAUCCACCGGAAAUGGCACCAAUCUUCAGCCACCCCAGACCCGCAGUUUUGGGCCCAAAUGCAGCAGGAGGAGGAGGGGGGAGGGGGAGGGGGAGGAGCAGGAGGAAAAUCUUCUCGGAAAAGCAGCGGAGACGGAACAACAGGCGGCAGCAUCAGCACGGACAGGGGAACGGGCAGAGGAACGGGCAGAGGAAGCCCUCCUUAUGGCUUGGGGCCCAAGCGGGCGGGCAGCAGCACGAGGGAAGGGAAAAAGGCAGCGAGCGGGCAGGAGCCAAUGACGUUCGGACACCUGUCACUGGAGGCGUGUGAGUGGCUGUUUUUGGGGAAGGGGGAGGCGAGGGAAUGGGCAGAGAAGAACCGCAUUCUGGGAGAGCUGCUGCUGCGAGAUUUCAUUGAGAAGCAACACGGGGAGCAGCACGAUUGGAUGGUGCAGCAGCAGCAGCAACAGCAGCAGCAACAGCAGGAGCGCCAGUGGCAGUUGCAGCAGCAGCAGCAAGAGGAGCAGCUGCAACCGAAGCAUUCUGUGUCAACGCCCCUCGCCCCGUCCAAGCCUGAACCUGUCACCGAACCUCCUACCACUGGACCUGCUUCGACCAAAUCUGUUUUUCCGAACCUCCAGUUCUCCACCCUCCAUAUACCCUCCCAUUCUUCGCUGCAUCCGCCGCCACUAGCCUCUCCUCCUGCUGCCGUUUCAGCUGCACCAGUAACACCAGCAGCAGCAGCAGCAGCAGCAGCAGCAGCAACAACAGCAGCAACACCAACAGCAGCAGCACCAACAGCAGCAACACCAACAGCAGCAGCAGCGGCAGCAGCAGCUUCGGAUUCUGCUACUUUCACCUCACCCUUCACUUCACCGUACCUUCCUUUCCUCCCUUCUCCGUUCAUCUCCACCCCAUCUGCAACAGGCACGGUAGCUGGGCUGUCCCCCACCCUGUCAGUUCCAGGUGCUGGCGGCAUUGGUGCCACUGGUGUCGCUGAGACUGCUACUGCUGCUGCUGCUGCUGCUGCUGCUGCUGCUGCUGCUGCUGCUGCUGCUGGUGAUGGUGAUGGUGGUGGUAAUGCGGAUGGGAGACAUGCUGUUGGUGCUACUUCUAUGGCCUUUGACAGUGCUGUUGCGGCGUUUAUGCAGCAGCAGCAACAGCAGCAGCAGCAACUUGUGCCUGGCAUGAUGUGGGAGAGGUAG